CUCUCUCAGAACCUUCUCAACCCCUAGACCUGAUAAAACCGAUCGUCUCCCCUCUCUUAAGCUUCAAUCAAGUGGUAAGACAGAAGGUGAAAGAAAGAGAGAGAGAAAAAAAAAUCAGAAGAGGAAGGAAGAUAAUUAGGAUCGAUCUGAUCAGUUGAGAAGGAGACAGAGGUCGAAGAUGACACCCAAUUUGGCUGGGCAACAGUUUGGUGACACCACCUAUACUAAAGUGUUCGUUGGUGGACUUGCUUGGGAGACUCACAAGGAUACCAUGAAGCAAUACUUUGAGCAGUUUGGAGAGAUCUUAGAGGCUGUGAUCAUCUCUGAAAAGACCACUGGUAGAUCCAAAGGCUAUGGAUUUGUUACCUUUAGCGAGCCCGAGGCAGCUACAAGAGCUUGUGCUGAUCCUUCGCCUGUGAUCGAUGGAAGGAGGACUAAUUGCAAUAUUGCUUCUCUAGGGAUCAAAAGAUCCUGGCCAACAACCCCUCAACAUGUUGGAGCCAACAGCUUUAAGCUUAUGAAAUCUUUCCAAGGGGACAUGCAAGGUGGGAUGACAAACGCUUUCCCUCCUCUUGUGGCCUUCCCUCAUUAUGCCAUCCAUCAUGCUGUUCCCUAUCAUGUAUACAGCUACUCUCCAUACGCUCCGGACUAUCCUUACCCUACGACAUAUUGCUAUGGGGAUGUGGCUACUCAGUAUCCAAUAUAUGAAGGCACUGAUAUUACUAAUGGAAUGGUAAAUGGAACAAAUAAUUCUUUCUAUCCAUAUCUCCAGUUCGUGAAUGGGGAGACAAGCCAUGGCGUACAAUACCCACAGCUAAUCCGCCACUCAGUCAUUAGCUCGACAGCAGGAGUUACAGAAUUUGCACUUGAGCAAUAUGGAAUAUCUACCCCAUUGUCUUUCGCACCAAGCUUUACUCCACAAAUUUCAGGCAUGGCAUUUGCUCUCCCUCUGCCAUCUCUACCAACUCCAACAGCGAAACACUACAAGCUAGUUGUCCCUACUCCAUUCUCCACUGCAACGGUAGCAGCCAACAACCCUUGGCCUAACCAUGGUUAAAUCUUCAUCUAUUUUCUCUCCUUUCCCAUCUCUUUCAGUAUUUUCUUCUCUUUGUCCAUCCUUCAGAUGAAACCAAUCAUUUAAAUUGGGAAGGACUUGAGGUUUUAGAGAUUUUGAUAGCUUAAUGCUUCUCAACCCAACUUAAUUGGGGUGCUAAAUGUUCAUCAUGAACCAAGAGAAAGGGAUUCUCUUGUAACAAUCUUUAAGCUUUCUUUAUGUAGCAAAUGUACGACAUUUAUACAUAGUGUGCACGUCUUUUGCAUGCAUGCUUGCAAGGACACUAAGGUUCUUCUAUAGGGCAAGGGUUAGCCCUACCAUUUGACCUAACUAACUUUAGCUUAGCUAGCUAGUGGAAGUGCUUGGUUGACCCCACAUGACUUUAUCAAUUGUGGUAAGUCAUUACCAAUCCUUACAUGACAUUUUGGUCAUCCUAACCUUACCUAGGGAAAGGUAAGAAUGUUACUGUACAAUCAUUUUAUUCAUUUUAAUUUUUUUGUUUUUGUCUUCCCCUUUGUUGUUUUGUAUACAUGCACCAUGCAUAUGGCAGUUUUAGCUGCGUAUGAGGAUAGGUUUUCAUAAGAUCUUCCUUGCAUGAGAGGACUCCUGGAAUGGUAAUCCAGGCGUUCUCCUAUAUAUCAUUUGGGAGAAUUGGUUUUUCCCCAUCAUUAAUGUAACCAGUGGGUUCCCUAGGGAUAUAUUUUUGGUCCUUUUGGUCCAACGUUUACCAUGGUUAGGCUCUCUCUCUCUCUCUCUCUCUCUCUCUCUCUCUCUCUCUCUCUCUCAAUGUAUUGGGUUAUUUUGCAAUAAAAUGACCGUUGAUGCUAUUAUGUGGACUUCUUAAGAUAUGGAUUGUAAUAACGUUACUAUGGAAGCUAUCUCAUUAGACCAGUUAAUGCUACUUUGUUUAGACGAGUUGAUGAUAUUAUUUCGACUUCUUAAGAUAUGGAUUGUAAUAACUAUGCAUACUAUCUCAUUAGACGAGUGCUUAAUGCUACUUAGUUGAAAUUUCAUG